AUGGCCGCCGAUGAAGAAAGGGUCGGCCUACCCGCCAACUACCAGGAUGCAGACGUAGACCACAUCUGCCAGCUUCUCGCCAUUAUGUUCGAGCGUCUGACGAGUAUCAAUGACCAAAUUCAACUCUCACCAGAACAUAUCACUCGCUUUCACUCUGCCAAUGUACCACCCAUCCCGAUCAUUGACUACCUCCGACGCAUCGUUCGCUUCACCAAUGUUGAGAGGACGUGUCUCCUCAGCAUCAUGCACUACAUCGACUUGAUCUGCUCCCGUCUUCCCAACUUCACUCUUUGCUCGCUCACGGUCCACCGCAUCAUCAUCACCGCCGUGACAUGCGGAAGUAAGGCGCUCUGUGACGCCUUCUGUACCAACUCUCACUACGCACGCGUUGGCGGUCUGCCGCCUCUCGAGCUCGCGCGACUGGAGAUCGACUUCCUCGCCGCCAUUGACUGGCGCCUCGUGUGUACACGCGAAGUGCUUCAAGUCUACUACGAGAACCUCGCCCUGCACUCUGGCGACCGCUUCUAUAUCACGUCGUCGGACGCCACUGAAUCCGACGCCGACAGCGACGUCGAGCUCCUCGCCGAGUCGCGCUCUCCGUCCCCAUCAGAGGCUCCUGCCUCCGCCAUCGUCACCGUCAGCGCUUCGCCGGUCGUUUUGACCGCUCAACUAUCACCGGAGCAGCGGCGUUCCAGCGCCAAUCCCGCCCCGCCGCCGACUAUCGAACAAGAGGCGGCUUUUGAGCAGUUCAAACGGAGCACGCGGUCAUAG